AUGUCGCUGCGAGGCUUUAGAAAGCCGGUCCAAAAUGGAAACCACACCGACGAGAAUGAUGUGAAAGAUGUAAAGCUGGCUCUCCUACCAGGUAGAAAACGAAUACAAAUUAUUGGCGACAGUGACAGCGAAAGCGAUGCAACUGCAAGUCCGAUAAAACCUGUGCCUAUACCGAUAGUCGGAGCUGUGAGAGAAAAUGCCACCGAUUCUCCUUCUGCAAAGUUGAGCGUAAAGGAUAAAGAACUGCGACUGCAAAAGGCGAGACAGGCUUGUAUGGAAGUGGACGCUAUGCUAUUGCAGUCUGCUCUAGUAUCAAAUGGAUGGGAUGUGGACAAAGCAGUGAAGGAGUUGAAAAGCUCGUCGGCCAAACGGAAAAUAAUGUCCAGUCCUUCUCCAGUGAAGCCCACCAUUGUACCGGUGGCAAAUAGAUCUCCGGAUCAAAAUGAGGCAAAGAAACGGCGUAUUCAGCCGAUGAACAGAAGUGAUGAAGAUAGUGACGCAGACUCCGAUCGUCCUACUGAGCUCGUAUUUGAUAGCGAUGAAGAUAGCGAUGGUGGAUAUAAUCACGCCAAACUUGCAAAAGAUCGCAAAGGAGUGGUAGAGUUUCUGAACACGGCUACAUUGAACGAGAUGAUAUGCGUAAAAACGUUAUCUAUGAAGAAAAUUGAUCUGCUGGUAGAGAUGCGUCCUUUUCGCGAUUGGUCGAACUUGGUAGAAAAAUUGAAAACGCAUCGCUCACUCCAAACGGAGAUUCUAAACAACACGCAGGAAUAUCUCGCACGUCGAAACAACGUUGCGGCGGUAAUGAGUAAAUGCAAGAAAAUCGUGAAAAAGCUAGAAGAAGCUAUCGAAUCCGGUGGAAGCCGCCUUGUUGAACAACCGCGAAACAUACCAGAGGCGCUGAAGCUAGCCGAGUACCAACUGGUCGGUCUGAAUUGGCUCACCAUCAUGCACCGCAACAAGAUGAACGCUAUUCUGGCGGACGAAAUGGGUCUCGGGAAAACGAUUCAAAUCAUCGCUCUGCUGGCAUGGCUUAAGGAGAACAAAGAGCAAACAAAUCCGAGCCUGUUAGUGGUCCCCUCGUCGACGAUGGACAACUGGGAACAGGAGCUAAUAACCUGGUGUCCUGAAUUGGUGGUAUUGAAAUACUACGGCGGCCAGGCGGAGCGUCGCAUGAUACGAGUGGAUUGGGCCAAAAACGGCAUCAAGGAGGUGGACGUUGUUCUCACUACGUACCAUAUGAUGGGUGCUUCUGGGGAAGAGAAGAAAAUGUGGCGUGUAACGCACUUCGAUUACGUCGUAUUCGAUGAGGCACAUAUGUUGAAAAACGUCCAGUCGCAACGAUACCAGAAUCUGAUACGUAUCAAUGCAAAGCAUAGGAUUUUGCUCACGGGUACGCCAUUGCAGAAUAAUCUUCUCGAAUUGAUGUCGUUGCUGUGUUUCGUGAUGCCCAAAUUGCUAGGGUCCAAGGUAGAUGAUAUAAAAGCUCUCUUUCAGGGAAAAACGAAAACUAGCCAGGGCGAAAAUGACGAGGAGGUGUCCUCAUUCGAGAAAAAUCAAAUUGAACGUGCGAAAUUGAUUAUGAAACCGUUUGUGCUACGAAGGCUUAAGAAAGAUGUACUAUCAUUUUUACCCCCAAAGCAUGAAGUUGUCCUCAAAGCCACCAUGAUAGAUUCGCAAAAAGAGAAGUAUUAUGAAAUCGUUGAUCAAUGCCAAAAAGCUACUGGUGUAAUUAAGGAAAAUACCGAAAUUAGUGGAAUGUCCAUCAUGAUGGACUUGAGGAAAAUGGCAAAUCAUCCACUGCUGUUGAGAUACUACUAUUCUGAUGAUGAUGUGCGUGGUAUCGCACGGAAGCUCGCAACAGAUCCUGAGUAUAAAGGUAAAAAUGCAGACAACAUUUUCUAUGAUAUUGCUUACCUUUCGGACUUCAAAUUAUUCCAAUUGCGCGAUAAAUACACGAGCCUGUACGACCUGCGGCUGCCGGAGAAGUUGAUCACAGCGUCUGGAAAAUUUCGUCAAUUGGACGAGCUUUUGCCUAAGAUGAAGGAAGAAGGUCAUCGUGUGUUAAUCUUCAGCCAGUUCACCAUGAUGCUGGACAUCAUGGAAGAAUAUAUGAAAAUUAGAAAUCACGAGUACAUGCGGCUGGACGGAAGCACACCAGUUACGGAGCGGCAGGAGAUGAUUGAUCAGUACACGGAAGAUCGGAAUAUCUUUAUAUUUAUGCUCUCAACAAAGGCCGGCGGUUUGGGCAUAAACUUAACUGCAGCGGAUACUGUAAUCAUCCAUGACAUUGACUUCAAUCCAUACAACGACAAACAGGCGGAGGACCGAGCCCAUCGAUUGGGUCAGAAGAAACCAGUUACGAUUUACAAGCUUAUAACGGAAGGUACGAUCGAGGAAGGCAUGCUAAUGGUUGCCCAACAGAAGCUGCAGCUAGAGAAGAAUGUCACCGAGCAUGAUGGCGACAACGCAGUCAAUGAUCACAAAUGCAUGGUGAGUUUGUUGACCAUGGCGCUGGGCUUGGACGAGAUAAAGGCUGAAUCAAUACUGAAAAAUGAGUCUCCCCAAAAGAAAACGAUGGACGAAGAGUUCUAAAAGCUUAUUCAGCUUUAACGUAGUGUUUGUUACCUGCAGCAUACUGUUUCUCCGAUAAAGCUAAGACGCACUAACAAGUUGAAGGCGGUAGGUCUCCAGAACCGUUGCUGAAUACGCGUAAAAAUAGCUCUUUGAGAAAUGUUCCAACCAUGAUAUUGAUGAUCAGCUAGAUGACUCAAAUUUUCGCAAUAUCUUUUGUAUGUUCACUCUUUUUUUUUUAAU